AUGUCGGCGAAGAAGGGGCUCUCGAGCACGCUGCGGAACCUCAAGUUUAUGCAGCGGGCGGCGGUGGCGCAGAAGAUUGAGGACAAGGCCGAUGUCGAGGUGGAGGAGGCGGCGGCCGAGGUGGUGAUGACGCCGGCGGCCAACGGAGGAGGGGUUAGCUCGUCGGUCCAGGUCGCCAGGAAGUGUGUAGUUGUCAUGGAGGGUAAUCCACAUCCAGGAGCUUUAAAGGGUCGAAUGUCAUUCCAAAAUUUCAAUCCAUCCAUUGAUAAACUAAAUGACGAGGCAAGUGGUCGCCCAACACAAUCAGCUUCACCUAGUAAUUCUCAACAAGACAGUGCAAAUACCAGCAGAGUGGAUGAUAUAUCAGCAUCAAGAUUUAGAAGCUUCAAUGUUGAUAGUUCAGAAAGCAUAUCUCUGAAUGAGUUGAAGAGAAAAGAGCCUGGGCUGGAGAUGGAAACACCACCAUCGCGUAAGCUGCCAAAGACGACUGGCCAGAACGUGGAUGGCCAGCCGUCUUCGCAGAGCAAUGGUCGUGGGUCUGGCAAGUCGAACAAGCAUGAAAAGCUUGACUUUAAUCUUCUCAGAAAACGGAAAUCAAAAUGA